GCGCUGGAUACCUCAGCUGUUGCCUGUGGCAAUACAAUGGCGGCGCGCUGUUUUGGUAGGAGCUCGGCUAGCGGAUGAGUAGUGUGGCGGUGGGCCGUGGAAACAGGGCUGUCGGAAGACACAUUCAUUUUCUAGUGAUGGUAAAAAUUUGUGGAAGUUACGCUGGAGGAUUCUUCAUGACGUGAGAGAUCACUGAUCGGUCCCAUAUCCUGCUCGUGCCCUUCUUUUCCAUUGCUCAUGCUCCAGGAAUGUUCAGUCUGAUGGCGAAUUGCUGCAACUGGCUAAAGCGCUGGCGGCAACCAGUUAGAAAAGUGACGUUGGUUAUGGUAGGACUUGAUAACGCUGGAAAAACAGCAACUGUGAAGGGAAUCCAAGGAGAAUCUCCAGAAGAUGUGGCUCCAACUGUUGGAUUUUCAAAGGCCGACAUUAAACAGGGGAGAUUUGACAUCACAAUGUUUGAUCUCGGUGGUGGAAAGAGAAUUCGAGGCAUCUGGAAAAACUAUUAUGCAGAAUCCUAUGGGGUUGUGUUUGUUAUUGAUUCCAGCGAUGUGGAACGGAUGGAGGAAACAAAGGAAACCAUAGCAGAGGUUUUGAGGCAUCCCAGGAUAUCAGGGAAACCUGUACUGGUGCUGGCUAAUAAACAGGACCGGGAAGGCGCUUUGUCAGAAGCGGACAUAAUAGAGUUUCUCUCACUGGAAAAGCUUGUAAAUGAAUACAAAUGCUUAUGCCAGAUAGAGCCGUGCUCAGCAGCCAUCGGCCAUGGGAAGAAAAUUGAUAAGUCCAUAAAGAAUGGCUUAAAUUGGUUGUUACGUGUCAUAGCGAAAGACUUUGAAGCGUUACACGAACGCGUUCAGAAAGAAACAGCAGAGCAACGAGCGCAAGAGGAGCAGGACAAGAGGGAAAGAGCGGAGAGGGUGAAAAGACUGCGGGAGGAGAGAGAAGAAAAAGAAAAGGAAGAAGCAGGAAGAGAAGGGAAACAGGAAAUUGACGAGGACACAUCUAUUCCAAUGGUCAAUCCCUUCCAGCCUAUAUCUGCUGUUAUUAUUGAGAAUGAAGAAAAAAUAAGGAAAGAAAAGGAAAAAAAGAGACAAAAAAUGCAGACUAAACAAAAUGGAGUCGGUAUUGCUCUGGAGUCUAAAGAGGAGGAAGACAAAAUGGAGACUGGAAGUGAAAGCAGCCAAAACAGCAGGACUCCGAGGGACAAUGACUUGCUGGAAUCAUACAAAGAUGCUUUGGUCCAAAAACUAGAUGAAGAGGAGAAAAGCUUGGAUACUGAAAGAGGGGAUUCUGCACAAAGCAAGAAGAAGACCAAAAAGCUGAAAUUAAAAAGAAAUCACAAAGUUGAACCUGUUAGUAUUGAGGAAUCCAACCCAAAGACCCCAUCUCCACCACCCCCUCAGUUACCUGUUGGCUGGGGAACCCCAAAAGUUACUAGACUUCCAAAACUUGAACCACUUGGAGAAACACAUCAUAAUGAUUUUUACGGAAAGCCACUACCUCCACUAACAUUACGGCAAAGACCCAACAGCGACGCCCAUGACGUCAUUUCUUAAAGCGGUAACCUUGAGGACUGCAAUACACUGAUGGGGGUUACACAGCAGUAUUUUAUUCCUUCCAUAUAAAGGAAACACUCAACUGUGGAACCGUUUUCUAUUCCAAGUGUCCCAGCCUCUGUGGCUGGAUCUUCUGCCUUAAACGUUUCAUGGUUGACACCUCAGCUGUUGGAUGAAGCACAUUGCUAUAGGUCAGAAUUUAAAAGAAGAGGACGGACUGAAAAUGGUUCUGGUACAGGCUGACCAGUGACAGCCUUGAAGACAAACCAAUGUUCAGUUUUGUAUCAAAGUUCUAUGUUCUGGUAUUCCUGAUUGGGACAGGUACUGUAGGCACGUAUGCACCUAGGGGGUAUCUGAUCGGAACACUAAGUUGAAACAAAUGUAUUACUUCAUACUGUUUUAAAAUAUACAUAGUGUGUUUGAAAAUGUUUAUACACAUACAUUUCUAUGCAUAUAUAAUAUAUUUUAUAUAGUGUGGCUAAUUACGCAUGGCAUGUACACUUUUUUUUUUUUUUUUUUUUUACAGUGAGCCCCCAUCCUUAGCAUUUACAGUUUAUUGAGGAAUCGACUGCACAGUGCUGUACUUUCUUCCAUUCACUGGAGAAAUUACUGCCACUUCUUAAAUUAACUUUUAGUAUUUUGUAAAAAGUGCUAUUCUGAGGCAAAUUGCAAUUGGUCUUCAUUUUUUACAUAUGGUUUUUAAAUUAUUUAGCUUUUAUGUUUAGCAGCUUUCCAGUUUAAAUUUUGGCAGCUCUGGUUGUUGGGGUCCAAAUUACCCUAGCAACUAGGCAGUGGUUUAAAUGAGAAACUAGAAUAUGAAUAGAGGACCUGAAUAGAAAGCCAAGUAAUAAAAAGUAACUAUAAAAUUGUCUUAAAGGAGAAGGAAAGGCAUUUUACUGCCAAUAUAUUUGCCACAUUAGUGCAAUUUAGAACACUAUAUUUAUUCUGCAGAAACCUUUACCAUACCUGACUGAGAUCAGCCCCAGAAGCUCCCUCCGUUUGUUUUAAGAUAGCAGCUGCCAUUUUAGCUUGGUCUCCAUAGCUUCCUGCUGCAGCUCUAGCCAUUGGUAGCUCAGAUCACACAUUCUUAUGGAAGGGGAAGAGGAGAGAGCUGCACAGACUUGCCCCAAACCUGAAGGAGUGGAAGUCUGAUACUGAAGAAAAUAUUUACAUAAAAGAAGACAAGAAAUCCUGUGUUUCUUUUGAUAGAGGACUCAGUGCAGCGUUUCUGUGAGUGCUUAUGGCUGUAUUUACAUAGACCUUUCUGAUAAAGUUUACUUGCUCUUUAAAGGAGAAGGUAAACACUAAUUGUUUUUGGCUGCCAGGGUCAGUGACCCCCAUGAGAAAGCUGGAAAAAAGUUGGAAGAGGAAAGCUAAUAGUUCAAAAACUAUAAAAAUGAGGACUAAUUCAAAAGUUUCUAAGAAUUGUCCAUUCUAUAACAUACUAAAAGUUAACUUUAAAACCACCCCUUUAAGAGACAGAGAUUUUUCUGCAGAUUUACAGAAGGGAGUAUAGCACUCGGCAGUAGGACAUCACUCGACAUUCACAUGAAUUGAACUGGUGAGUGCACCAAGAAUGCAGUUAGCGGCUCUCGGCAUAUUGUGAAUAAAUUUCUCUGCCUCUCUUAUAUACAUAUCUUUAAUAUUUACUCAGUAGGGGGAAAAGUGUCUUGUUUAUUGCAAUUUGCACUGUGACCAGGAAUUCUGUCAUGGGAAAAGAUGUUUUGUUUGUUUUUUUUCCAAAAUGCAUCAAUUAACAGUAGAGUCCUGCUUUGAA